CAAGGUUCUGAGCCUUGCUAACACUUAUUUCUUCCAAAUAAUAACACAAACGUUGACAGCACGAACGACAACAAUUUUAACCGGAGGAAUAUAACCUACGCGCCACUUUUAAUUUAUUUGAGAUGAUCUCACAAUUUUUAUCGAAUGCAGUUCGAACUGUUCGAGUUCUUGCAACGCACAAUGCACCCAUAACAUCAACAUUGUCGGUCAUAUCAACCAUCACACGUCGAACCGUUUAUUCGAACCCUUUCCAAAACCAAAUACGACUGCCACCCGAUGUACGUAAAUCCGUCGAAAAAAUAAUGGGACCGAGGCCGAAACAACCACUUUCACCAUAUUUUCGUUUCAUGCUACAAAUACGGCCGCAGGUCAUAGCCGAAAAUCCGCAUCUGAAGAGGAAUAAAUUGCACACGAUAUUCAGCGAGAAAUGGAAGUCAUUGGAUGCUGACCAAAAGGCGAUUUUCUCUGCAGAGUACAGAAAUGGUAUGAGCAAAUACUUGAAAGAAAUUUGGGAAUACAAUCGCAAAAUGAGUGAGAAUGACUUCAAACAGAUGCAAAAGGAACUGCAGGACACUGCUGAUAAGAAACAGAUAAAAUUGUACCGGGAAGAAGCUCGAAAAUUAAAUAAACCAAAAAGGCCGGUGACUGCGUUUUUGAAGUUUUUUCAAUCGCAAACCGAUCGUCCGCCAGGCAGAACCUACAGGGAACACAUGCAACAAAUGUCACUGAAGUGGAGGUCCUUGAGCGAGAACGAACGGAGUAAAUACAAAACCAAACCUGAUGAAUUGGACAAAUACAAGAAAGCGAUGCGAACAUGGGAAGGAGAAAUAGGGAAAAUGAUUACAGAUAAAGAUGGCAAUGAAAAUGUACGGUAAGAAGAGGAAAUGAUAGUGACACAUGGCUGUGAGAUAUAUUCAGCAUACUAACAUCAUCACUUUGCUAUGUAUCGUCUGCUGUUCCGUCUAACAAAUCCAAAGUGUAAUUCUCUUACAGAACUUAUUAACGAAAAUAUUAAGUGAAAUCCAAAAACUA